AUGAAAAACUGCCCAAUGUUGGUGGCUGCGAAGCCGACCGUCGACUAUCAUGCUCAGGAGGUUGGUCAUGUCCUUGUCCACCAUCUCUUCACCGAAACCUUUCAGUGCUUAGCGCUCGAAGGGUCCACACAUCGCGAACAACAGGUAACCGAGCUCAUGACGUGCAUUCGUGUCUAUACGGUUGCAUGGGAUUAUAAGCUCAGCUCCCUCAAGGAUCAAGCUCGAAUAUACCCUAAUCCAAGCAAAGAUGACAUGUGGCUUGGGGACUACUUGAAGGAUCGAAUGAAGGCGCUCUUUGCUGACCGGGAAGUCGAGAAGAGUAUAGAAUCACCCCAUGCUGGAGCAAAGUCAACUAUCGCUGAGCUCGUUUUCCACAACGCUCUGCGUCUGCACGAGGAAAAGCUCGAUCGAAACAAUGGAUUGAUUGACUAUGGACCAGUAUACUAUGAAGACAUGCCUGGACCUGGUUCCGAAGUCGAACUCGCAUACAACGAGUCCUUACAUGAACCUGAACACAAGCAUGAGUUCGUUAGUCAAAAGGAUUCAUCAGAACCUUUAUCUGCGUUGGAUCCUGAAGAGAAUGAAUCCAUGCUGGAAUCUGAACCUGUAGAUGGCAAUAGGAUUGCUGAUUCUCCACGGUACGAAACCGUACCCAAACUGUCAUACGACGAGAAUGCACUGUUCCUAAUCACAUACGAAGAAGUUUCGGUUGAAUCCUCGACGUCGGAGCCUCCCUGGCAAGACAAAACGGAAUUCGUCCCCGGUUCAGAAACAGACACAAGCCCUCCUGUCUUCACGCCGCCCUCGUCCACGACGUCGUACAUUUCUAUUGACCCAGAGAAGGUUCAACGCUUGGGAAUUGAAGCAACGCACAAGCAGGAAGCACAACGACCGAUCACGAAACCCUCAAGGACAAAAGCGAAGGAUUCCAAUAGAAGAAGACUUCGGGAAGCACAGGCUUCGCGAAAAUCAGAAGAGCUCGAUGUCGUUUGUGAGUUAAUGAGUUAA